GCCGCGACGACCGCCACGAUGCGCACAAGCGCCACAACAACAACAGCACGACUUGCAUCCACUGCAUCACCAGCUGCUGCAGGCACAACGGCAGCGGAGCAGCGAAGGCAGGCGGAGCUGGACCGGCUCAAGAAGUACUUUGCAAGCUUGGAGGAGGUCGACUUGCUUGAGGAGAUCGUCCCUGCUUCCCCUUCCCCCGCACCAAACCAGAGCAAGGUUGUCGCGGAAGAGGAUGAGGGCAGAAGUCGUGACGGAAGGAAGAAGCGUGGCAGCACGAAGCACCAGCCGCCGCGCAGUCGCCGCCGCACUGGUGGCAGCACGAAGCACCACCGUACCGUCACUGGAACAGCUGCAGACACCCAGCGAACAAGCAAUGAAGAUGAUGAUGAUAACGAUGAUCCCGAUCCCGCUAUUGAUGAUCCCGCUGGUGACGGCGCAGGGAGACGGAAUGGUGCGAGCAAACACGACCCAGAAGCAGCCUCCACUCAUACACCACAAGCAGCCACCGGUACUCCGCAACGUACAGCGGCAAUCACCACACGAACAACCGCAGCAAGGAGAAAGGCUGCACUGGCAGCCCAGCGUGCGACAUUCAGUGUCGCUGAUCACGUUCACGCAGUGGAUAUCGAGCACCUCUUCACUGGGGACGAGCCGCCGCCUCCACCUUCGCGGUUGAGGUCAACCCAUGCAUCAACCACUGCUGCUGCUGCUGCUGCUGCUGCUGCUGUACCUUACGCAUCCUCCAAGGCAGCCACGCCAUCGCCAUCGCGCCCGUCGUCCGCUGUGGCCUCGCAACGGACUCGCCGCCACCGACUGCCCCUGAGCCGGUCAGCGUCCCGCUUCUCGCGGCGAUCGUCCAUCACCCGCCUCAACCCAAUCAUGCUGUGCGACGACGAAGAUGGGGACGAUGAUGCCUGUGAGGACGAGAAUGAGAACGGCGCCAACCCGAACACGGAUGAUGAAGGUGGUGAAACCGGUGGGAUGGCUGGUGUUGAUCGCACACUGAGUGAAACAGGACACAACACAGCCCCCGAUCUGCAACAAUCCCGGAAGAGCUUGCCUCGCAGUCGCUCCCAGCCCUUACACUCAAUGCACGCGCAUGCCGCUGAUCCAAUGGAGCCUGUGCUUCCAUCACUACUUGGCUCGCGGCUGUGGGGUGGUCACAACACCGCAGCUUCAACCGUGUCCAGCAUGGCGUGCAAGACGCUCAAGGCAAGCACCACCGCCAUCGCUGGUGCUGCUGCUACUGCUGCCACAAAUGUUCCUGCGUGGGUGCUUGCACCUCGCACACACCCGUACGGCGGCCGACGGCAGCGGCACAGGACCACGGUGCCCGCAGCACGGUCGCGAUCACGCCGCUUGCACACCCAAAGCACAAGGCACACGCCCGCCAACAGCAGUCACAGUGCUGAGGAGGCUGAUGUGCAGGGCGCCAGACAACCUGAUGACGAUGACAUGAGUGAUGCGUCUGAAGACAUGGCCGUUUUCUCAUCAUCAUCAUCAUCACCAUCCCUCGCAACAACAGCCGCAGAAGCAACGGCGGCAGCGAGAGACUGUUCCGGUUCCGUGUCGCACCCGUCCUCCUCAUCUUCGUCUUCCUCGCCAUCACACUCAGCUGAGAACGAGCGUGGUGUUGGCGGCCAUGCAUCUGUACCGUGCGCGUUGCUGUCGCCACACGAUGGUACAGAUGAUGAUGGCGAUGGUGAUGGUGAUGGUGGUGGUGCCCGUGAGAGUAGCGUCCAAACAAAACAGCGGAAGAGACAGGGCAAGAGACGCGGCACCACAGGAACACGCAAGCGAAACACCCGCGCAAAACAAGCGGCAGGCUCAUCAUCAUCAUCGUCAUCGUGGUUUCGGAUGCGAAAAGGCGGCGACUUUCUGAAGCAAUUACAAGAGUCCUUUGACAGCAUUGAACAGGAGGCUCUUGAGGAAGGAGACGUGAAGCUGAUCACCGUUGACCGAGCGCCCCCAUCAAGCACGCGUGACGAUGUGAACACGCUCACACGCACACACCCGCGCAUCGCCGCCAAGUAUCAGGCAUAUGCCAAAGCCAUGACAGCCGCUGGCAUUGACCCAAUGCCCCUGUCCUCCUUCCUCACACACCCAGACCACAUUCGCGCUGCCUUGCACUGA